AUGAAUGCCCUGCAUUACCCCAUCGACGACGAGGGUCACUACAUCAGGCCUCAUACAAUCCUCGAGAUUGGCGACGUAGCACUUGUGGUUCAACGGGAGGACGUGGCAAUCAAAAUGGCAAUUGUCUACAAGAAUGAUACCUUGGAGAAAGUAGAAGAAAACCGCAGCAGGAUCCGACGAGAGCAAGAAGUCUGGCGGCGCAUUCAACCAAACUUCGAUACCCCAGUGGAAGGCAUCGUCCAUUGUAUCGACCUUCCUGGUGAUACCAUCGAGAUGAGAUACAUGUCUGGCGGUACUCUUUCAAAGUGGCUAAAGUACAGAGCACGACCCGGCAUCGAGCUUCAAAGGCGGUGGCUCCGCCAGCUUACCAUCGGUCUUCACAAUCUCCACCAACGUCGCGUCAUCCACAGUGAUAUUCUCAGUCGCAACAUUCUGCUGGAUGGUUCGUUGAACGUCGCGAUUUGUGACCUCGGUGCGUCGAGUAUUAUGCCUAUCGACACUGUCAUGGCGCAUACGGUAGAUGAGUACAAUUGCUCCAUCUGGACGGAUCUUUGCCAGCUUGGCCUCGUGUUCUAUGAGAUUGUCACUGGAAGAGAGACCGGUAUCAGCCUCUAUCAUAACGUUGGCACUGAUAACUCUAUCGCCAGGUUCCCAUCCCGGGAUAUGCUUCCUGCCCUGGGAAAGCGAAUCUGGGCCCGUGAUAUUAUCGAAACCUGCUGGAGAAAGGGUGGGUAUGGGGCUGCAGGUGCAGCGGAAAUUCUGGUCAAGCUGGAUAAAAUGCAAGGCCCGCGCCACCAUUAA